GUGAAAGCGCACCGUGCGCGCUGCCCCUUGCGCCUGCGCCUGUCCCGCGCUCACCCCGCGCCUGUCCUCUCGCCCUCUGCGGGGCUGAUCAUGUCCUGACAGACUCACCACUGUGUAUGCUGGCACUAGAAAACUUCAUAAAAAGUGAUCAUUGCAUUAACUGCUAGCGUUUAUGAAAGUGUAAAGUUGUUGACACUUCAUUAGAACUGUAAACAGCACGAGUUAGUGUGGCGUCUCCAGGGUUGCCUCGGCGACGCGAAGCAAUGACUCCCUACAUUUACGACUAUUGGAGACGGCGCGAGCCGACGUCGUGGCUGGUGUACCCGGCGUCGCGGCUGGCGCGCCUGCUGCAGGCCUCCGCGCCGCCGCCGCCCCGGCCCUCCGUCAUCACAGUGUCGGGGCGCGGUGACGUCAGCCACUUCUUCAACACACAGAUGGUGCUCGACCUGAACGAGGAAUCGGGCGAACUCAUCAAGUCGCCGUCGCCGCCGCCCAGCCACGACGGGUCGGCGAGCGGCGAGGGCGACAUCAGCGGCGACGAGCGGCCGCCGUCCCCCCCGCGCGCGCCCUCCGCCCCGCUGCCGCACCCCGCGCACCCCUCGCACCCCCCCGCGCACCCGCCGCACGUCGCCAGCGCCGCCGCCGCCACCGCCGCUGUCUUCAACGCGGCGGGCGCCGGCAGCGCGCUGGCGCAGCUGCAGCAUCUGCUGCUCACCCAGCACGGCGCGCACUCGCUGCUGCUGCACACACAGGUGCAGCAGGCGGUGGCGCAGGCGGCGGCGCAGCAGCUGCAGCAGCUGCAGGCGCGCGCCGUGCCCUCCUCCGUCGCCGGCACCUCGCCGACCUACAAAUACAUACAAGAGGGCCGGUCGCCGUCCCCGCGCCGCACGCCGCCCGGCGCCGGCGCCUUCCUCACGCCGCACACGCCGGGGCCGGGCCGCGCGCGCUCGCCGCACGCGCACGCGCACACACCGCUGCACGCGCACGCGCACAAGCCGCGCGCGCUCGACCCCACCGCCGACGACACCGCCGACCUCGAGGAGUUGGAGCACUUCGCCAAGACCUUCAAGCAGAGACGCAUCAAACUCGGCUUCACGCAGGGCGACGUCGGCCUCGCGAUGGGCAAGCUGUACGGCAACGACUUCUCGCAGACGACGAUAUCCCGGUUCGAGGCGCUCAACCUGAGCUUCAAGAACAUGUGCAAGCUGAAGCCACUGCUGCAGAAGUGGCUGGAGGACGCGGACUCGUCGCUGGCGGGCGGCGGCGCGGGCGCCGGCGGCGCCGCGGCGCUGGGCGCGGGGCUGGCCGAGGCCGUGGGCCGGCGCCGCAAGAAGCGCACGUCCAUCGAGUCGGGCGUGCGCGUGGCGCUCGAGAAGGCCUUCCUGCACAACCCCAAGCCCACCAGCGAGGAGAUCGCGGCGCUCGCCGACGCGCUCUGCAUGGAGAAGGAGGUGGUGCGCGUGUGGUUCUGCAACCGGCGCCAGAAGGAGAAGCGCAUCAACCCGCCGGCGGGCGAGACGCCGCUGGCGGGGCACGGGCACGCGCACGCGCACGGGCACGCGCACGCGCUGCACGCGGCCGCGCUGCAGCCGCUGGCACUGCUGGCGCGCGCGCCGCCGCGCGACUGACGCGCGCCGCUGUCGACACAUAUCCUCUCGUUGUAAAUAGUGCGCGGCUCCCGCGGUGUACAGACUAGUGUUAGCGUGUAUAUAGAUGUAUGUGCGGGCCGCUGCGCCUGCCUAGCCUAAGUUUAUAUUAUAUUAUUACGUGAAUUUUAUUUAUGUGCGAGCGCGGCGCGAUCGCCGCCGCCGCUGUACAGAGCUCAUAUCAGUUAGCGCACCACGCGACGACUAUGUAAGGUGGAUGUGUAGAAAACUAUCUAUAUGUUACAAUAAAACAUCAUAGACAUUA